ACACCAGACUCCUCAGGAUUGGCUGGGACUGCAAAUAAAAUGCUGUUUGCCUAGAGUCAAGUUGAUAAGCUUCAACAUAAAUGCACACAAAUUCCCAGUCUUAAAAUAUAACAUGAAGCAUUUGCUAUCUUCUUUCCGCCUAUUAUUUUCAUGUGAGACCUGGAGAAUAAACGUUUCCUUGCCCAAAAGAAAAGUUCUUUGAAGAGAAGAAAAAAAACUCUUAAGAUGGGUCUACUGAGUUCUAAAAACCCCAAAACCAAGCAAGCCCAGAUUCUCCUUCUGGGACUUGACUCAGCUGGGAAGUCUACCCUCCUUUACAAGCUGAAGCUUACUGAGGAUAUCGUGACCAUCCCAACAAUAGGUUUCAACGUGGAGAUGAUCGAAUUGGAAAACAGUCUUUCGCUCACGGUCUGGGAUAUUGGAGGACAGGAGAAAAUGAGAACCGUGUGGGAGCACUACUGUGAGAACACGGACGGGCUGAUGUAUGUCGUGGAUAGUACGGACAAACAGCGGCUAGAAGACUCCAGGAGAGAGCUGAAGCACAUUUUGAAGAAUGAGCACAUGAAAAAUGUGCCUAUCAUUUUAUUAGCUAACAAACAAGAUGUGCCUGGAGCUCUGUCUGCCGAGGACGUCACCAGAAUGUUCCGAGUGAAGAAGCUGUGCAGUGACAGGAGCUGGUAUGUGCAGCCCUGCUGUGCCGUCACAGGGGAUGGGCUGAUGGAGGGGCUCAGGAAACUGACUGGAUUUGUGAAAAGCCACAUGAAAUCAAGAGGAGACACCUUGGCAUUUUUCAAGCAGAACUGAGGUCCAAACAGUGAGAGAGUUGGUGGCGAAGUUAAAAGGGUAAUUUUCUUUUUCAAUGCUGAGUGAGAAAAGCAAGUUGCUGAGUUAGCACACUUUUCCUAAGAUAUGUUAUUUCACCUGAAUUCAGCUAAAUAACUUAGAAUCAUAUCUAGAAAAUAUUAUUUUUGGCCAGGCAUGUUAGUGAACUUUGUGGUAAUGAUAAUUGAGAAUGAAAAUUUUAUAAUUUUGUGCAUGUUGGAUGAAUCAGAAUAAUCAUGUUUGGGACCAAAUAAACUACCAUUUUAUUAUUUUUAUAUGACUACUAGAACAAAGUUUAUGUAUAAUGCUGAUAGGGUCAGAAUUCUUUCAGAUUGUUUCCAGCUGUUACAGUCUUGAAUUUCUACCAUGCUCCUAUGGAAUAGCAAGCAAAAAAUAAACUUUAAAUUAUGGGAAAAAGUUUGAUGUUAACAUUUUGUAAAUCUCUAUGCCCUAAAUAAAGUUUUUUUUUUUUC